AUGGUCCACAUCGCCCCUGUAAUCGACACUAAUGCCAUGCCUACCUCGUCUGCAAUCUCAGCGCGAGCUCCUAGCCUCGGCCUCAACUACUGGACCUUCCAACGAAACUGCAAUCCUAGCAGCGGUGCACAGAACCAGGCUGGCUACCUCACCUUGGGCACAGACAGCUGCCACUACUUUCCCGGCGUCGGCGAAGCGCAGAUUCGCCAGGCGUCCGCUUUUAAGAUUACUAGUGCAAGUGGAAUGGGCGCAGGAUGCUAUAUUGAUCUGUAUCCCCAGACGGGAUGUGGUGGCACGAGGAUGGGGAGGAUUGGUCCGAUUGGUGAUAUGGGCGCGGGGAGUUGCAUUGUGCCUGCGGAUGGAAACGACGGCUGGAAACACGGCAACGUCCUCAUCUAUAACUGGUGCACCUACGACGUCUACUUCGUCUCCGUUGGCGCCCACUAUCUAGGCGGAUACCGUAACGGCUCAACCACAGGGUGGGGCACCCCCGAAGACGCCAUAUACCACACCAUCCCUUCAGGCACGCAGUACACCGAGCCCUUUCGCGCAAGCGCUGGCUGCCCCUACACCGGCGCCCCACCCUACUGUCCCCUCGAAGACAAACUCGCCGGGCAGGCCGUAUCCAUCAAGAUCGCGCGCUCGAACGAUCCCGCAGACCAGAACAUCACGCAGCUCGAGUACGCGCUGUAUCGGAACCCUAACACUCACGACACUUUCAAGCGCCUGUACUACGAUGUCAGUCUGCUCGACUGCGGCGCCCCGGAUAUUGCCGUUACAGACUUCAACGCCACGGAGGUAAUGCUUGCGCGUAAAGUGGAGCGGUGUCCGGGGUAUGCGGGCGGCGUGGCGGUGACAUUUAGUGCGGAUGAGGGUGGAAAGGUGUGCCCGCCGGUGUACUGCGAUGGAAUCAGUAGGUGCUUUAUGGUGUAUACGUUUGAUAGGACAAGGCGGCAGGAGUCGAGUUUUACGUGUGAAAAGGAGUAUCGGGGGGAGUUGAGGCUCGAUCUUUGUGUGAAGAAAGCGGACGAGGGGGUGCAAGGUAUGGUGGAGAACUUUAGUAUUUGGGCGCAGACUGCGACACAUGAAGUGGUCAUGCUGCAAAUGAAUAAGACGACACCGCCGUUGGUUAGGUCGACACCGCUCUCGGCCUUGCAGACUGUGGCAUCUGUAGUUCUGCAGAUGGUUACGCUCGGGACACGGACCAGCACUGUUGUUCUUGCUGCAAGACCUGCGAAUGUAAGGAUGGUUGCAAGCUCCUCUACUGCAGCAUAA